AUGACCACGAUGCAUCGUGCACUACAGCUGAACGACAUCAUUUACAUGCUCUUCCGCCAUGUCAAUGAACCCUCUGUGAAUCAUGAACCAGGAGGGAAUGUCGGGCAGAAAACUCUUGCAGUUCUUGCGAGGACGUGUCGGAUAUUCCAUGAACCCGCCUUGGAUGUAUUGUGGGGAGAUUUAUACUUUCCGCAGCCUCUGAUACGAUGCUUGCCGGACUCGGGCGAUCAGUGGCAUCUAAAGGAUCAUACGAAACCCCUGACCGCUAGGGAUUGGGAAGUUUUGCAGAAAUAUGUCCCGCGAGUCCUGUCUUUGACAUUUCAUUCGGAGACACCCUUUUAUCGCAACGUGUUGAAGGCUCUUCGACAGUCGCCCGUUGCUCAGCCUCCCCUCCCAAACUUACAGCGUCUUGAUUACCGCCACCUCAUCCCCGAAGACUACCGUCUCCUCGACAUCUUCUUUGUACCAUCUUUGACAGAUCUUGCUAUCCAGGUUCAUCGUGCCAGCUUUCCCGAUAUCUCAUUCAUCUCACCUCUUGCCACUUCAUGCCCUCGUUUAACAUCUUUCCGUCUUUUCGGUUAUGGAUCGCACGAACUCAUCAAGGCCACUGUUUCAGAUGUAAUAAUGGGCCUCCCUCAUCUUCAGACGCUUCAUUGCGACGAACUCAGCUCAGCGGCGAUCACUUUCGUUGCAUGGCACCCAUCGUUGACUGAACUGGACAUCUUUGUCCCAAGUGGUCAUCAAUACGAUCUUUCACAGUGUCCGCAUCCUACUCUCCCUCGGAUACCACCUUUUUCCCGGAUUAAAACCUUUGGGAUGCAUUCCGUUCAUCUGAGCUCUAUCACUGCAUUUAUUCAGGCGGUCCAACCCUCGCCCUCUCAUUUACGUAUUGCGACCAGCCAAUGUUCGUCCCCUCAAGAUUUUCAGGAGCUUUUCAGUACCUUGUCAAAUAAACGGAGACAUGAAUCUGUGCAAAUUAUUGGAGUGCAGUCCUAUCCGCCCCACGAAUAUCCCUCAGUUGCAUCCGUUGAUAUGGAUACCAUCAAGCCUCUCCUUAGCUUCUUGAAGCUGCGAGAGCUCCAUCUCUUGAUAGUCAACUCCUAUGAUUUCUCAGAUGAGGACCUUACUGCAAUGGGUGCUUCUUGGCCUUGCCUUGAAGUCAUCGACCUCAAUAACGGUGAUGCGCGGGCAACCAUCACGCUGCGCAGCCUUAUCUUACUAGUGAACAAGUGCGCUCAUUUGAGGACCGCUCGCCUACCAAUCAACGCAAAUAUAUUGGAGGGAAUAGAGGAGUGUCCUACAUCGAUGGUCGGCGCAAACGAUCUCCAGCAACUCCUGCUUCCGGGGACAGUUGUCAAAAAUCCUAGAGCUGUUGCUCUCAUCGUCUCUCUAGCCUUUCCGAAGGUGAAGAAGAUAGGGGUGGGUGGAUUGAGGCGGGGUAUAUCUCACGAGCCUAGCUGGGACAAGGUGAAUGAGUAUCUCGAAGCGUUCAGAUUGUUCCAAGGGGGACGUUGGAGGACCUAA